GUCCAAAACCCUAAUUGUCUGUGAUUUCCUUUCAUUACUAUACAUAAUUAAUUCAAGAAAAAAUUGCAACAAAGUAAGCCCAGUCAAAAAAAAAAAACAUAUAUAUAUAUAUAUAUAUGGUAUUGAUAUUGGUUUAUUUCCCCUCCUGAUAAAUACCCCUGAAAAUUAAUCCAAGCACCUGAAGGAUUUGGGCAGUUGCAAAAUUUUGUGCAUUCUGCAUUAGCCCUUUUCGUUUCUUCACUUUGUACAUCAAGGAAACAAAAGCAAUCCUGAGAAGCAAUUGAAACAGAGAAGAAAGGAGAAGAAUAUUGUUGAGUGAAGCAAACGAAUGGAGGAAAGAAAUACUACUAACAAAGAAGAAGAAGGUUGAAGGAAAUCUUGCGCAGCAGAGGAUCAUCAUGUUGGAGAACAAAUAUGGAGAUGGGGUGGCAUGGAAAAGAGGUGCAAUGCUAGGGAAAGGAAGCUUUGGGUCUGUCUAUUUAGCAACUUUGAAGAAGCCCAGAUCAAAAUAUAGUUGUUUGCCAUCGGUUAUGGCUGUGAAAUCAGCUGAGGUUUCUGUUUCAGGUUCAAUUCAGAAAGAACGCGAAGUUUUGAGUAAUGUCAAAGGUUGUCCUAACAUAAUUCAAUGCUUUGGUGAAGAGACUACCACGGGGGUGAAUGGUGUCAUGGUUUUUAAUUUGUUGCUCGAAUAUGGCUCAGGUGGAACCCUAGCCGAAAAGAUCAAGAAAUCAGGGGGCAAGGGAUUACCUGAAUUUGAGGUAAGGUGUUAUACUAGGUCUAUCCUCAAAGGGUUGAAUUUCAUUCAUGAGAUUGGUUAUGUUCAUUGUGAUUUGAAGCCUGAGAAUAUUUUGCUUGUGCACAACAAUGCUGGAGGUGGGAGGGCUGGAUUCAGGGCAAAGAUAGGUGAUUUUGGGUUGGCUAAGAGGGUUAAACAGUGUAAGAAGAGGAAAUUAGAGCCUUACUGGAGGGGAACGCCUACCUAUUUGUCACCUGAGGUUGUGGGAGAUGGUGUACAAGAGCAACCUAGCGAUAUUUGGGCUCUCGGAUGUAUUGUCUUAGAGAUGUUGACGGGAAAACCCCUAUGGGAUGCAAAAGAGGAGCGGAAUGCUGAGGAUAUUCUGAAAAGGAUCAAGAAUGAAUUGCCUCAGAUUCCUAGUGAAUUGUCUAAGGAGGCAAAGGAUUUUCUGAAAGGCUGUUUUGUGAAGAAGGCCAUGUAUAGGUUGACAGCUGAGAUGUUGCUGAAUCAUGCGUUUAUGGAAGGAUUGGUUGAUGGUGAUGAUGAUGUUGAAGAAAUUAUCGAGGUUGAAGAUAUUAAUGGGAUUGAGUCUAUACUGGUAGUAUCUGAAACUGAUGAUGAUGAGGUCAUUUGUGGCUAUGUCUCUGAUGAGUGGAGCUUUGCAUCAGAAGAUUGUUCAAUAUCUUAUUGGUCUGAAGGAGAUGAAGGGGAGAUUGAGGAUGAAAUUGUAUCUCAAAUCAGUGAAGAGCAGAAACUGGAUUUAGAACAAAGUAACGGCGUAAUAAGCUCCACUGAAGAGGCUGGACUUGAUCAUGCUACUGAAGCAUCAUUGCAAAUUCCCUUACCGAUCCCGCCAAGCACUACACAGCAAUAUCCAGUUAGUUUUAGGAUUCCUGCCGGAGUCUAGGAACAUUAUGGAUUGAUACAGAGUCCAAUUUUGUAGCUAGUGUUCUUUCUGAUUAUUUUUAGUCAGUACUUGCUGUAUCAAUUACCGAUAUACUAAAAUAUAUUGAAUUAAUUCUUUUUCAA